AUGAAAAUGAUCUACUUGUGAAACUGUUCGCAUGGUAAUUCAAAAACAUUUUGCUCCUAAAUGUACAUUGUUUUCAGCUUAAAUGUUAAUUAUUUUAUUUAAUCAUUAACUCUCAACAGGUUUUAACAGUAACAUAAGUGACAGUUUGAUCUUUGUACUCCUCCUGUGCAACAACACAGAGCUCUAUCUGAACACACACACAUCACAUGAAAAUAGAGCUCAUUGUUUUAUAUUACAGAACACAUUUUACACAACUUAUUCGGUACAUUUAGGAGUAUUUUGUGGAAAAUAUAAGACUCAGUGAGAACACAUGGUGGCGCUGCAGGUUAAAUGAUGAAAAACAGAAUUGCCUAUGCAGCUCCAGUAUCCAGCCAAACAAUUUCACAUUGCCUGGAAGCUAAAGUACGUUUUUCUUGGCCACAGCGAACGUGAAUCUGAAAUCUCUUUAAAACUAUAUUUAGUGGCAUAGUUUUGAUAUCUGGACUGCAGGACCAGGCUACCAGGAUCCUGGACAUACACAAAGCUCCUGUAAACCAAAUUUUCAUGAAAGAGCAAUGGAGAUUGGCUGGAUGUGCUAUCUGAGACAAAGGCAAGUCCUAGUUUUCUUUGUUUUGCUGAGCAUGUUUGGGGUGGGUGCCGAGUUAGGUCCCUAUUCAGUAGUGGAAGAAAUGGAGAAAGGCUCCUUUGUGGCAAAUCUAGGAAAAGACCUGGGGUUGGGAUUGACAGAGAUGUACAACCGCAGGGCUCGGAUCAUUUUUCAGGGGAACAAAGAGCAUUUGCAGCUCAAGGUUCAGACUGGGGAUUUGGUCAUAAACGAGAAACUAGAUCGAGAGGAGCUAUGUGGUCCAGCUGACCCUUGCUUGUUAUAUUUCCAACUGUUAAUGGAAAAGCCCUUAGAGAUAUUUCAGGCUGAACUGAGGGUGAAAGACAUAAAUGACAAUUCUCCUGUGUUCACCGAAAGAGAAAUGAUUCUAAGAAUACCUGAAAACAGUCCUCUAGGAAUUGCAUUCCCUCUGAGUAAUGCUCUGGACUUGGAUGUAGGAAGCAACAAUGUUCAAAACUAUAAAAUCAGCCCCAACUCCCAUUUCCGGGUUCUAACCCGCAAACUCAGUGACGGCAGAAUAUACCCUGAGCUGGUGUUGGAAGAAGAGCUGGACAGGGAGGAGGAGCCUGAAAUCGUUUUAACCCUAACGGCGCUGGAUGGCGGCUCUCCACCUCGGUAUGGGACCGCUCAGGUGCGCAUUGAAGUGGUGGACAGCAACGAUAACGCCCCUGAGUUUGAGCAGCCCAUCUACAAGGUGCAAAUUCCUGAGAACAGCCAUGUAGGCUCCUUGGUUGUCACUGUGUCUGCCAGAGAUUUAGACAGCGGAGUACAUGGAAAAAUAGCCUACACGCUCUUUCAGCCUUCAGAAGAUAUUAGCAAAACUUUGGAGGUGAAUCCUGUAACAGGAGAAAUUCAACUGAGAAAACAAGUAGAUUUUGAAACAGUUCAAUCUUAUGAGGUGGACAUCAAGGCCACAGAUGGGGGAGGCCUUUCAGGAAAAUGCACUCUUCUCCUACAGGUGGUGGAUAUAAAUGAUAAUCCCCCAGAAGUGACCAUGUCUGCACUCACCAGCCCUAUCCUGGAGAACUCACCUGAGAUUGUAGUUGCUGUUUUCAGUGUUUCAGAUCCUGACUCUGGGGAUAACGGGAAGACUGUUGCCUCCAUCCAGGAUUACCUUCCUUUUCUUCUAAAACCUUCAGUCAAGAACUUUUACACCUUGGUAACCAAGAGAGCACUAGACAGAGAAGAAAGAGCCCAAUACAACAUCACUAUCACCGUCACUGACUUAGGGACCCCCAGGCUGAAAACGCAGCACAACAUAACCGUGACGGUCUCCGACGUCAACGACAACGCGCCCGCCUUCAGCCAAACCACCUACACCCUGCGCGUCCGCGAGAACAACAGCCCCGCCCUGCACAUCGGCAGCGUGAGCGCCACGGACAGGGACUCGGGCGCCAACGCCCAGGUCACCUACUCGCUGCUGCCGCCCGCGGACCCGCAGCUGCCCCUGGCCUCCCUGGUGUCCAUCAACGCGGACAACGGGCAGCUGUUCGCGCUCAGGUCCCUGGAUUACGAGGCGCUGCAGGCGUUCGAGUUCGGCGUGCGCGCGGCCGACCGCGGCUCGCCCGCGCUCAGCAGCCAGGCGCGGGUGCGCGUGCUGGUGCUGGACGACAACGACAACGCGCCCUUCGUGCUGUACCCGCCGCAGAACGGCUCUGCGCCCUGCACCGAGCUGGUGCCCAGGGCGGCCGAGGCGGGCUACCUGGUGACCAAGGUGGUGGCGGUGGACGGCGACUCGGGCCAGAACGCCUGGCUGUCGUACCAGCUGCUCAAGGCCACGGAGCCCGGGCUGUUCGGCGUGUGGGCGCACAACGGCGAGGUGCGCACGGCCCGGCUGCUGAGCGAGCGCGACGCCGUCAAGCACAGGCUGGUGGUGCUGGUCAAGGACAAUGGCGAGCCGCCGCGCUCGGCCAGCGUCACGCUGCACGUGCUGCUGGUGGACGGCUUCUCGCAGCCCUACCUGCCGCUCCCGGAGGUGGCGGCGGCCGAGGCGCGGGCAGACCCGCUCACCGUCUACUUGGUCGUGGCCUUGGCGUCCGUGUCGUCGCUCUUCCUGUUCUCGGUGCUGGUGUUCGUGGCGGUGCGGCUGUGCAGGCGGAGCCGGGCGGCGUCUGCGGGUCGCUGCUCGGGGCCCGAGGGCCACUUUCCGGGCCACCUGGUGGACGUCAGCGGCGCGGGGACGCUGUCGCAGAGCUACCAGUAUGAGGUGUGUCUUCGGGGAGGUUCGGGGACCAGUGAGUUCAAAUUCCUCAAGCCCAUUAUCCCUAAUCUGCAGUUUCAGAGCACAGGGAAGGAAGUGGAAGAAAAUCCCCCCUUCCAGAAUAAUUUUGGGAUUUAAUUAUUGCUAGGAACCUAUUUAAUAAAGACAUUAACUUCUAA